AUGCCAGGAGGAUCUUUCCUUCUUGCCUCUCCGAAGAAGAAGAGUGCUUUGGCAUCCAUGGGCACGCCUACUCCUACAUCAUCCAGCCACAACAUCCGACCCAGCCAGACCCUUUCUCCUUCGCCCAAUAAUAAUAUUCUUUUCAAUAGUAAUAAUAAUAAUAAUAACAAGAACAAAUCAUCAACUACUUUUUCACCACCACCUCCACCUCGUUUCAGCACUCCAUCCACACCUUUGAAUGGUCGGAAUCAUCAAGUCCCUUCCAACACUAACACGAUCAACAAGACAUCAUCAUCAUCAGCAUUUAGCAAUGGUGGACCCAAGAUCACCAACACCACCAACUCCACCACGACAACAACACCUAAAUCUAGUGCCCACCCAAACCAUCCAAAUCAUUCCAUAACCACACCCAAAAGUAAGCUUAUCAAAGGCAGCACAUCCACAACUCACUCUGGAGUGCUCAUAUCCACAUCACCAACUUCCACCAAAUGUCUCUCCAAUUCGGCACUCUCUUCCAAUGCCCGUAAUGCUGAAAAUUAUUUUGAAGCCGUCACUCAUUUCUUGUCAGCUAAUUUUCAACAAGCCAUUCAAGUCUUAAAGGAGCAACCGAGUAAGAAUCUUCUCACCAAGUUAUUGUCUGCUCGAUGUUAUCAUCAUAUGGAUGAGCCAAAAACAAGUUUGGCCAUUCUCAUGAAAUUGUGUCAUGAAAAUACGAGUGUCUACUCGAACUCCACCACACUCAAUGAUGUCUAUGUGAGGAGUGUGUUGGCUUGUGCUCAAAUUUGUAUCAUGACUUGUCAGUUAAUUCUCUUCAAGAUUUUACCUCGAAGAUUCAAAUUGAAGGCAUUGUUGCCUGAAGAGUUGGAAAUGGUGAGAGACUCCGGUCAAUCGAAUAACGACACUUCUACUAAAAAUGGUAAUUAUCACAACAGCUUGCCUCUCUCCGUUGAGAAGGAUUAUUGUCACGAAUAUUUUGAGAAUUGCACACUUUUACUUGUGAAGGCCCAACGACUUUUAACACUUCUCAAGAAACACAAGAUACGAACGGAACAAGUGUUUGAUGUUCCCCUAUUGCCCUUUUCUGGAAGCAGUGGUCACAAUAGUCUCGAUGCCGAGAUUGUCACAGACCAAAGUCUCUCCAAACAAAUCAAAACUCUCAAGAACCACAUCUCCUUCCUCGGUGCCAUCAUUCAUUUGAGAAGAUAUGAAUAUGACUAUUCACAAACUCAUCUUUCUCAAUGCAAAAACCUAUUGGAAAAGUUGGAAAAGAAACACACCUUUUUGCAUACCGACAUGUAUGUCACUCUCUCACGAGUGUGUUACAUUGAGGAAGAUUACGAACAAGCUCAUUACUAUAUCAAUAAGGCUGAGAGAGCUCGAACACUGUUUCGAGAUUUAUUAAAAACAGAAGUGGGAGCACUGACAGGAGAACCUGUCAUGUUGCUCUUGGAUAGUUCCUAUCAUUUCGACAUGUUUGAUCAUAUUCAAGAUUUGAGCUCGAAAAUUCUACUUUCGAAAUAUUUUGAGUAUCGAAUUGUGAAGAGAUGUGAAGACAAGGAGCGCCUUUUAGACACAUUGGAUGAUAUCAAUUUGAAACGAAGACAACACGAUCGUCGUUUGCACUCUUCAGAACGUUUUGAUCGCACCAAAGAAUUUUAUGCCAAAUUACGGAAAACAGUUUUCAAAAAGUAUGACGCCUCUCUAUUGGAAGAGAUGACCAGCUGGGGUUUAUUUUCAUUGGUUGUGAAAUUGGCUGAGAUUUUAUUGGAAAGAGAGGAGAAACAGGAACAUUUGCAGCAAGGUUCUGAGGAUGACAAUGGUUCGAACCAUGACUGUGAAAAUUCCUCACCGCCAAUUUCAUCUCCUGGAGGUCAUAGUAGUGGCAGUACCAGUACCAGUAGCACUAACGGUAGUAGUAACUGUGGUAACUAUGUGCGAGCUGUGAACAAUGUGGACAAUACUGUUCAUACCAAACAUACCUAUAUUUUCUGUCUCAUUAAGGGAUUGUAUUUAUGCAAACGUUUUGAUAAGUGUCUCUCGACAUUUGUCAAGUAUGAAAAGAUUCUUGUAGACAACAGCAACAAUAGCAACAAUACAAUAAUUGUCAAGAUUUACAAUUGGAUCGUUGACAGUUAUGUUGCCUUAAAUAUCAAUGGGUACUGCCCUCAAUUAUUGACCUUGAAACGUAUUCAGGAGAUGGUCAAAUUUAAUCUUCCCCAUUGGAAACAGCAUCCAGAGGUGCUUCACGUGGCCAUUCGAUUCUACAAAUUUCUGAAACAAGAUGAAUUAGCUGCCACACUAAGAGGUCGAUUAUUGAGAGCUGUCUAUGAUGAAAUUCAUGGAGGAACGAGUGCUACUAGUAGUAGUAGCAUCUGUAGCAGCGGUUCGAACAUGUCUAAUAAUACAGAUGCAAAUGGAUCCAUUGUAAAGUAUUCACAUCUGUGCUGUCAGGAAUUUUUUGAAGAAUUACUCAAUACUUAUUUGAAUAGAAAGGUCAUCUUGUUGGAGGGAAGCAGUAACAAUAACAACUCAACAUUGACCAUCAAUGUGAAUGAUGAGACAAUUUCCAGCAGAAGCACCACCACUGCACGAAAAUCCAACACUAAUUUUUCCAAACAACCAUCAAGCAGUUUUACAACACCACUAAAUCCAAUUCAAUUCGAUGAUGACUUGACAUUGUAUUCCUCGUUUGAAGAUUUUGCUCCAAAACGAGCUCAAUUGGAAAAACAGAAACAAAGACAAGCUUUGGAAGAACUCAAGCGAAAACGUGAGGAGCAACAAGCAAGCUCAGUUGCCUCAAAGAAGAAUAAACUGUGA